CCUAAACCUGAUAGCUUUCCUCGGGGACCUUGACGAAAACAGCCGCCUUUUCUCCUGAGUUUAUAUAAGCCGCUGCCGCGCCGGGUUGGGAUUCCCACAUUGCAUCGCGUCCUCCUCCACACCCUGCCUUCCGUAGCUUCCACACAAGCGCGUCGUUCUUUCUCCUUUCUCUGUCGCCGGGAAAGCGCCGCCGCCGCCGCGCGCCCUCGCUUGCGUCCCGUUCCCUCGGGGGCCCGAUCCGGCAAAGGCCCGACCUUCCAUGGCCAUCGCCUCCCGCGUCUCGAAGCGCGCGCUGUCCACCUUCGCCGCCGCCAAGCUCCCGGAGGCGGUCGCCGCCGCGGAACCGCUGCCGCCGGCCGCGCCGGCGCCGUGCGAGAGGGCCGCCGGCAGGGUGCUGGGGUUCGAGGACACCGGGCGGCUGUUCGCCGGGGAGCCCACGUCGGCGCUCGUGCGCACGCUCGCCGCGCUGCAGGCGCUCUCCGUGGGGCCGCUUGUCGACGCCGCGACCGCCGCGCUGCGGUCGCCGGCGGUGGCCGGCAGCGCGCUCGGCCGCGCCGCCGCCAGGGCCACGGCGUACCGCCACUUCUGCGCCGGCGAGACCGCGGACGAGGCCGCGGCAGUCGUGCGCCGGCUCUGGCGCGGCGGCAUGGGCGGGAUCCUUGACUACGGGAUCGAGGACGCCGAGGACGGCCACGCCUGCGACCGCAACGCCGCCGGGUUCAUCGCCGCCGUCGACGUCGCCGCCUCGCUGCCGCCGGGCUCGGCGAGCGUGUGCAUCAAGAUCACGGCGCUGUGCCCGAUCGCGCUGCUGGAGAAGGCGAGCGACCUGCUGCGGUGGCAGAAGAAGCACCCGUCGUUCAGCCUGCCGUGGAAGGCGCACUCGUUCCCGAUCCUGUCCGACUCCAGCCCGCUCUACCUCACCGCGUCGGAGCCGCCGGCGCUGACGGCGGAGGAGGAGCGCGAGCUGGAGCUCGCGCACGAGCGGCUGCUGGCGGUGUGCGCGCGGUGCGCGGAGCGCGGCAUCCCGCUUCUGGUGGACGCCGAGUACGCGACCGUGCAGCCGGCCAUCGACUACUUCACGCUCGUCGGCGCGCUGGCGUUCAACGGCGAGGGCGAGGCCCGCGCGGCCGACGGCGAGCGCCCCAUCGUGCACGGCACCAUCCAGGCGUACCUCCGCGACGCGCGGGACCGUCUGGAGGCCAUGGUGGCCGCCGCGGAGCGGGAGCGCGUGCGCCUGGGGCUCAAGGUCGUGCGCGGCGCGUACCUGACCCGCGAGACCCGGCUCGCGGCCUCCCUCGGCGUGCCGUCGCCGAUCCACGGCAGCAUCCAGGACACCCACGACUGCUACAACGGCUGCGCCGCCUUCCUCCUCGACCGCGUCCGCCGCGGCUCCGCCUCCGUCAUGCUCGCCACCCACAACAUCGAGUCAGGGCAACUCGCGGCGGCGCAGGCGCUGGAGCUGGGGAUCCCCAAGGGCGACCGCAACCUGCAGUUCGCGCAGCUGAUGGGCAUGGCGGACGGGCUGUCGCUGAGCCUCCGCAACGCCGGGUUCCAGGUCAGCAAGUACCUGCCGUACGGGCCGGUGGAGCAGAUCAUCCCCUACCUGAUCAGGCGCGCCGAGGAGAACAGAGGCCUCCUCUCCGCCUCCUCCUUCGACAGGCAGCUGCUCCGGACGGAGCUGGCGAGGAGGGUCAAGGCUGCGGUGGUGGGGCGUGAGUGAGGCGAGCUUGCGGAGCCUGUGAGGCUGUGAAGCUGGUUGCUGGGACAAGGGCGAGUUGAAGGCUAGAAGCUGUAAAUACACCCUUCGGUCUUCAGGCAUUGAUGUAUCCUGGAUUUCGUUGAAUAAUUGAAUGAAUAGAACAAUGUUCUUCUAGGAUUAUUCGAGGGAUUAAUUGAUUAUCUUGCCAUCUUUACGA